AUGUCACCUAUUCAUGAAAAUAAUGGAACAUUUAAUAUGAAUUAUAAAAAUGCCAAUAUUCGUGUCCGUAUAAAUGAUCAAUUAUUUCAAAGAUCACAUCAAAUUCUCCAAAAUUUGUUUAUAUGGCAAGUUCAAAAUGCUGUAAUUGAAAACCAAUUACAAUGUUUUCCUGAGGGAUGUGUUACUAUUUACGAUUUUAGAAUUACUGGAGUAACAUUGCCUAAAAAAUUUUCCCUUAAUCCAUUACCUCCUAAUCUUUUACAAUUAGAAAUGGAGAUGUUUGAUAUGGAUAUUCAAGCAAAAGUUAAUGGUAAUCUUCAAAUGCUUCUUGGUUUACCAUUAACUGGAAAUUUAAUUGUCACAGCAAGAUCUUUAUUUAUGCCAAUAACUUUAGAACUUCAAAAAACAAUACAUAAAAUUCCUAUAGCUCAUGUAACUUCAUGUGGUUUGGCAUCAGGAAUUGUAUCAGCUACCCUACAGGAUGCUGGUGUAUUGACAGAUAUUAUAAAUAUAAGAUAUGCAAAUGAGUUAAAUAUUAAAGCUAGAGAAGUUGUUGAAAGUACAUUAUGUGAUAAUAUGAAUAGAAUGAUAUCAAGUCAAAUUAAUAGUAAACUUAGAAAAUUUCCAAGAUAUUUAAAUGUUUAUGAAGUAAUGAAAUAUCUUGAACAAGUUAAAAAUAGAUAUUCACGUCAUAUUAGACAUCAAAAUUUUUUUUAUAACAAAUAUUCUUUACAAAGAUAUCCCAGACAGGUAGAAAUAAAUAUUAAUAAAAAUGAACCAGUUAUAAAGAGUGUAAAAUAUGUUACACCAAAUAUUAAAAGAAACUUAAGUGAUAUUUUUGACUUUAAAAAAUUAAAAAAUAUCAAUAUAUAUCUUGAUAUCAUUGAUACAUCAUCAUCCAUAUCUGAUUAUAUUAUUGGUAUUAAUGGUUUUGCCGAUUUAAUUGAUAAAUCGAAUGCUAAAACAUAUUUAAAUACAUUCCAUCAAAAUAAUAUGUUACCUAAUUUUCCUAAACAUAUACGACCUAAGAUGGUUGAUGUUAUUAUUGAUGGAAGUAUAUUAAAUAGUUUACUUCAUCAGUUAUGGAGAAAUAAUGCGUUUAAUGUUAAAAUUGACAAAAAAUUUCCGGAAUUUGAAAAUAUUCUUAAAACAUCAUGUUCAUUAGAUGAAGUUUGUAUUAGUGACAGUAUUCCAGAGGUUGGAGAAAAUUAUCCUGAUAAAUAUUUAAUAAUUAAAACAUUUUUAACAAGUCCACCAAUAGGAAAAGUAAAUCAUGAAAGUAUUAUAAUGAAUAUUGAGGGAAUGUCUAUUUUUGCAUUAGAAGAAGAUGAAAAAGAAAUAGGUAAAAUACCAUUUACAGCAAAAAUAAUAAUAUAUGUAAACUUUAUUGAAAAUAGUAGUAAAAUAAAGUUAUCACUUCUUGUACCAGAAAUUGAAAUACAUAAUUCUGUUGACUUUUUUGGUCUAAAACCUGAAUAUUUAACUUCAUUGAAGACGGGAGCUGUUAAUGUUAUACAAAAAUUUGUCAAUUCAAAAUUAUCUAAUGGAAUUGAUUUUCAACCAUUUACAACACAUUUAGCUGAUAUGUUUGGUGUUUAUUAUCCAACAAUAUCAUUACUCGAUUCAGGAGAAUUAUUAUUUCAAAGUGAUUUAGAUGUUCAUAAAUUAUACUAUUCACCACAUUUUUAUCAAUAA